AUGUCAACCGAUAUUAUUUCUGUGGACAAAGAAGACCUUCCGCCAACUGUUCAAAGUCCAAAUAAAAACGAGGUUCUAGUUGAACCAGAUCAAAAACAAGAUCAAUGGAAAAUAGGUGAAGCUAUAAAUCUUAUAGUCGGUGCUGGAAUUUUUAUAGCACCCGGUAGCACUUGGAGACUUGUUCAAUCACCAGGAGCUGCUUUAAUACUUUGGAUUAUUGGUGGCGUUAUUAAUUUGUAUGGUUUUCUUGUUUGGAGAUUAAGUGAAAAAGGACCAUUUGAAUCAACAGCAUAUGGAUUUGCAUUCAACAAUCAACUAUUUAGAUUUUUAUUUGGUUUCGCUACAGUAAAUAUUAUUAUACCCGCCGCAAUUAUAGCAAAUUCCUUCAUUGCUUCUAAAUAUCUGCUUUAUGCAAUUCAAGGAGCUGACGGUGAAGAAUUUAAUCAUUAUGGCAAAGAUUUUGGUUCAUAUUUUGGCAAUGAUUUUAUUGCAUUACGUCUUAUAGCAGUUGCUCUUUUGGGGAUCAUUACUGCAUAUCACAUGUUAGCUAUUAGAAGCAAACAUGUUAGCUAUGCAGUCUGCUUAAAUCAAGUAUUAGUUGUGUUCAAGGUUGUUUCCCUACUUGUUUUGUCUCUCUAUGGCUUAUUAAAAGCAAACGACCCUAGUUUUAGUUCCUCGAUUAAAAAUAAUUGGAAUGGAGCGUUCAAUCAUACACUAUCUAACAACUAUUCAUAUCCAAGAACUGCUUCCGAAUCUAUUGGAGGUUAUGGCAAUGCUUUGUUACAAGUAUAUUCAUCUAUUGAAUUGAGAGAGGAAUGUGCAUAUCGGAAAUAUUCAGCACUUGUUAGAGUUUGCGUUUCUUUUAUACUUUAUAUUCUUGUAAAUGUUGCUUUUAUAUCAAUAGUUGAUCCAAAAGUUGUAGCAGAUCCAAACAACGCUAAUGAAAGUAUUGCAAUCGAUUAUGGAAUAAGAUUAUUUGGUGAUUUUGGAAGAAAAUAUAUGUCAUAUCUUAUUGCAAUUUCCUCCUUUAGUUCUAUGGAUUCGAUGGUUUUGUUGUAA